GUGCUGAGCUACUUCACCGUCAAGAGCACCAUUCUCUUCCGUCUCUCCAUGAGCAGGAAGAUGAAGGAUGCCCUUGAAAUGAUCGAUGAACUGGUUGUGGAGAUGAACAGUUUCCACUUCCUGCAACACGUCGAGGCACCGAAUGUUGAUCAUCCACAAACACACUCUCAUGUUGAUGAAAGAGAGAUUGUCGGCAGACAAGAUGAGAAGGAACAAGUGGUGAAGAUAUUGCUCGACCGCUCCCACAAGAAUAGUAACAAUAACAAUGUGAUGGUGCUCCCCAUAGUCGGUAUGGGGGGAGUUGGUAAGACCACCAUUGCUCAACUUGUGCACAACGAUCAAAGGGUAAAGCAUCAUUUUGAGUUGGUCUUAUGGGUACGCGUCUCCGACAAGUUCGUUAUUGAAGAAAUAACCCGAUGUAUGAUACAAGUGGCCACAAUGAACAAGUGUAAUUUGAGUGAGAUGGAGGCACUGCAUAAGAAACUUAGUGAAGUGUUGGGAAACAAAAGAUACUUCCUAGUGUUGGAUGAUGUUUGGAACGAAGAUAGACAGAAGUGGGAUGCUAUGAAAUCAUUGUUAUGCUCACAUGCUGGCUCGG